AUGGUUGAAUUCACAGUAUACAAAGGCAGCAAGGACAACAAAGUUGUUAAGAGCACGACGCGUCGAAACAUCGGACCGAAUGAGGUCCUCGUCCGCUUGACGCACAGCGGCCUCUGCGGCACAGACCUGCACUUCACUCAUCUAAACAUGGGCUUGGGCCACGAAGGAGCUGGGAUAGUGGAGGAGAUCGGGGAGAAGGUCACACUGUUCAAGAAGGGCGAUCGUGCAGGCUGGGGCUACGUGCAGGAUGCCUGCGGCCACUGCAAGCAAUGCCUGCGCGGGGCGGAGACCUUCUGCCCAGACCGGAAGAUCUAUGCGGAGGCGAAUCUCGACCAAGGAUCUAUGGCUAGCCAUGGUGUCUGGAAGGAGGGCUUCCUGUUCCACAUCCCGGAGCAGAUGAAGACCGAGGAUGCUGCGCCGUUGAUGUGUGGCGGCGCCACCGUCUUCAAUGCAUUGCAAUUCCACGGCGUCAAGAGCACGGAUCGUGUGGGUGUCAUCGGGGUCGGUGGCCUAGGGCACCUCGCAAUCCAGUUCGCAGCCAAGAUGGGCUGUGAGGUCGUGGUCUUCUCCGGCACGGACUCGAAGAAGGAAGAGGCCAUGAAGCUCGGUGCGACGGAAUUCCAUGCCACGAAAGGCCUGAAGGAAUUCAAGAUCGGUGGUAAGAUUGACCAUCUGCUGGUCACCACUUCGCAACAGCCGGACUGGGAUCUGUACCUGUCCGUCAUGGCGCCCUCGGGCACGAUCUACCCAUUGACAGUCUCCAACGACGAGUUGCACAUGCCGUACAUGCCUAUCAUCCAGCGCGGCCUGAAGGUCCAGGGGAGUCUGGUCGCGGCCAGGCAAAUUCAUCGCGAGAUGCUCAAUUUUGCUGCUGUGCAUGAUAUCCGGCCCAUGAUUCAGACUUUCCCGCUCAGUGUCGAGGGCAUCAGUGAGGCGUUUGAGACGCUGGAGAGUGGGAAGAUGAGGUAUCGUGGUGUAUUGGUUGCGUGA